UGGCUUACUGAAAUUCGCUGAAGGACUAGAUUCAGAUCUGUUUUGGGCAGAAACACUUGUUCGCUGUGUUGUAGAAUACACUGUGAUGUUUGCAGAUAAUAUUCAAUGUCUCGACAUCAAAACCUAAACCAUGUCUAUCCAAACGCUGACCGAAAUCAACCCAUGUUUUCUCGACACCUGACCGCGUUUGGCUCUCACUGGUUGCCCCCAACUCAGGCCCCAUUGGGCGGCUGGAGGAACGUACAUUUCCCCAGUUAUCCAUGUCGGCCGGGUGUGCCCCCUUCACCUCAACUCUCCCAUCCCACCAGGCACCUCUCAGGGGCCUUCCAACCUCAAGAUACCCACAACACCAACUGGGCAAGACUACAGUCCAAACAACACCUCCCACCAGGGUUUCCUUUUCACGGCUUUCCUCAUCGACACUUCCACCUUGGACUGAUGGAGCGUUCAGACAAGGAGCCUCCAUACAAGCGGAGGAGGAGUUCAGAGGAGAGGGCUCCAGGGGAUAGAUCCAAGGGCUCCCCCAAACGAGAGUACGCACCAAGACAGGCUCGCAGUGCCACAACCAGCCCCAACUACUGGUUCAAAGACGGGAACCCACCGCCUCCUGGGACAAGUCCACCAAGACAGGCAUUGGAGCUGAAGAGACAAUGGGAGGACUUUUCACACUGCUAUAAGUCCAGACCCCAGUCUGGUGGUGGGAGGCGAGAACCACCCUUUGAGUUCUCUGUGAUGUCAUAUAACAUCCUCUCCCAGGACCUACUACAUGACAAUAACUACCUGUACAAACACUGUAGCUCCUCCAUCCUCAACUGGAAUCACAGGCUCUCCAACAUCCUGAAAGAGCUCAAAGAGCACAACGCAGAUAUAAUGUGUCUGCAGGAGGUUCAAGAGGACCACUAUGAAAAACAGAUCAAACCCUCUCUAGAAGCAUUAGGUUACCAGUGUGAGUACAAGAGGAGGACAGGCAGGAAGCCUGACGGCUGUGCCGUGGUCUAUAAGAAGGACCGCUUCUCCCUGCUGUCCAGUCACCCAGUGGAGUACUUCCGCCGGGGUAUCCCCCUGCUAGACCGGGAUAACGUGGGCCUGGUGCUGUUACUGCGCCCCACGGGAUCCUCCAGGCCAGAGGACUGCGUUUGUGUGGCCAAUACACACCUCCUGUACAACCCCCGGCGCGGGGACAUUAAGCUGGCCCAGUUGGCCAUGCUGCUGGCAGAGAUCAGUACAGUGUCCCGCCUCCCUGAUGGCAGCUCCUGUCCCAUCGUGCUCUGUGGGGACUUUAACUCUGUGCCCUGGUCUCCCCUGUACAGCUUUGUUAGGGAGAGCAGGCUGGAGUACGACGGUAUUCCCAUAGGCAAGGUGUCAGGGCAGGAGGAGAAUCCCAGAGGCCAGCGGAUCCUGACCGUGCCCAUUUGGCCCCUUAGCCUGGGUGUCACCCAGCAGUGUCAGUAUGCGACUGCCCCUACAGAUGUUGACGGGGGAAUCACCAACCUGUCUGUGCAGGACUUUGCAGCACAACCUAUGGCAGCUAUGAACAGACCCAGUAUAGAGCACAGUCUGAGGCUGACGUCAGCUUACUCCCACUACCUGACAGAGGACAGCAGGCCUGAGAUCACCACCUGUCACUCCAGGACAGCCAUCACUGUGGACUACAUCUUCUACUCUGCAGGAACUGGAGACAUUUCCACUCAGCCAGAGGGUCCAUUGCCAAGACAAGGGCUGCAGCUGCUGGCCAGACUGGCCCUGGUGGGACAGACAGACCUGGAGGCCGUCAACGGGCUGCCCAAUGAGCACAACUCCUCCGACCACCUGCCCAUACUGGCUUGCUUCCGCCUCUGCCCCUGAGACUGGAUGUUAGGGUUCAGGGGUUAGCGCCUUGGACAGAACUGGGGCUCAAAGACCUGGAGAGACCCAUAAAUCCAUCCAUACCGCUCACCAGCAGCCAAACACCAAUUGUACACAAGCUCACUAUGGCUUUUGUCUCUCAUGAUCUCAUAUCCCCAGGAAAUGUUGGAAAGGUACAAACACUGACACUGGUAGAUGAUGAACUUUCAUUUCAAAGACAUUAUUGAUGAAUUUGGAGCUUUGCAGUGGCCUGACUCUAGUGUGUAGAUCUAGGCUACUGCAUCAAGAUGUUUACACAUUUUAACUUUUUGGUGUUAUUUUUACAUUGGUUGAAGAUAUGAAAAUAUACAUUUUUAGAUUUGAAUGAUUUUUAUAAAUGUUGAUAAAUUCCUUUCAAACAGUGCUGCUGAGGAAAAAUACUGAAAUAUAAAAAUAUAUAUAUCUUAAUUAUGUCAUACACAUACAGUACUAUUGGGUUUGAUAAUUGGCACAAAUGAAUGCAAAGUACUUACCAAGGAAGUAUUAAUAUAUACGAAGAGAAGGAAGAAAUUACCCUCCUUGCAGCUGGUGGGACACCAUAGAAGAUGUUUUAUAGACUAGGCUGUUAAGUGUACUGUUAGACAACAGUCUUUUUGUCAUCACGCAUUUUACAGCUCUGCAACAAAAUCAUCGGCACUUACUGUAAUCUCAGAUGGAUUGCAAAAUAUAUGCCAGAGCAAAUUCUCAAAUAAAUCUCACAAGCCAUCAUCGGGCUCCCGAGUGGAGCAGCGGUCUAAGGCACUGCAUCUCAGUGCUUGAGGCGUCACUACAGACCCUGGUUCGAUUCCUGUAUCACAACCGG